AUCCUCAGUGACACCAUUCUGAAGGCGGCUAGACUGUUAGCUCGAGAUGCUAAUAACUUUUCAUUCAUACUGUCCUUCUUUGUUGCUAGAUAGUCAUCGCUCCUGUGGUUUCAUUCGUUCGUUUCUGUAGUAUUUUUUUGUCACAACGCUACGGUAAUUGGUAUCAGAAUUGUUAAGUCGCGGUGAAUGAAUACACAACAGGCAACGAUAAGAUAGUAUCACACAAGCCUAGCCUAGCCUAGCAUAGCUUCCAAGCUAGCCAAAACACCAAGCUGAUCUUUGACGUAAACUUGCGCGUAAUGCACGAUUUUGUCCCAACUCAACUAUUACGUUUAUUUAUCAAAGUCUCUGUCGUGAUUAUUCGAAGGGGAGGGUCGCGAUAGCAGCCCAUGAGAAUUCCCACAAAGCCAAACAUUGAAGUGUAACACAGUCUUUGUGUUUGGGUGCUGAGGAGACGAAACGCUUUUUUCGAAAAUGGACCUGUAAUGUGCACGCUCGCCAACUUUAAUUCACUUUACGUUGAGGUUUGGAGCAAAGGGGCGACUCAUGCAUGUGGCGCUGCCGGGCUAGGAAGUGGCUUCGCAUCCGGAGAAAUUUAAAUACGAUAAAAUAUAAUCAUCUACAUGUCAAGCCUUGAAUCUGCACAACAGGCGCUUAACAUCAUGAUGAUGGUGGACGAGUGAGGAUCGAUCCCAGUGUGGUCCUCUCUGUGCAACACACAUAUACACACACACACACACACACACACACUUCCUCCAUGGAUUCAAGCAACGAUGACACCCUGGAUAUCAUUGUCACCAAUGUGGUGGCGACAUUCAGGACCAGGUGCCACCUCAACCUGCGCACCAUCGCCCUGGAGGGAACCAACGUCAUCUACAAGCCGGAGGUGGGGAAAGUCCUCAUGAAGCUUCGUAAGCCCAAGAUAACUGCUUCCAUCUGGUCCUCAGGAAAAAUUAUCUGCACCGGAGCUACAAGCGAGGACGAAGCGAGGCAGGGUGCUCGCAGGUUGGCACGCUGUCUGCAGAAAAUCGGCUUCAAGGUGAGGUUCUCGGCCUUCAAGGUGGUGAACGUGCUGGCUGUGUGCUCCAUGCCCUUUGCCAUCCACCUGGUGGACUUCACCAAGAAGAACCGGCCCAUUGCCAGUUACGAGCCGGAGCUCCACCCCGCGGCCACCUACAGGAUCAAAACCAUCAAGGCCACUAUCCAGGUGUUCUCCACGGGCAGCCUCACAGUGACAGGACCAAACGUACAGAACGUGGCCACGGCUGUGGAGCAGGUGUACCCGCUACUUUUUGAGUGCAAGAAGCCGCUCUGCAAGUGAGGAACACUUGAAAUUCAGCAUGGUUCUGCAUAGACAGACGUAAACUGACACAAACACGAACCGGUUGUUGUGGACUCGCUGCUGUUUUAGAAAAAAAAAAGUUCAAAACUCGUCUCAUCCCAUCAGAACAAGCAACCAGAAUACCGACAAUGGCACUGAAGCUCAUUUUCUCCGUCCACGGAUAAAUACAAACCUCUUCAUUUCUCAUGUUCAGCUAUUCACUUGACAGGCAUUACAUACACUAAAUUGCUAAUUUCUUGUAAAUUUCUACACUCGCUGUAAAUUGUAAAUAUUUCAUUUAUUAUAUUUUUUUUUAUUCCAGCAUUGGCCCUGUGUGUGUGUGUGUGUGUGUGUGUGUAUAGGACAAAAUCUUUAGGAUGUCUUUGUGUAGGUUGAGAUGGUUUUAACUGCGGCAAACUUCAAAUAUGAGCUCUGUUUUGGUUAAGUGGUGCUGAUGUGACGGGUAAGACAUUCUUAAUAUUUAUGCUCAUGCGAAUACCCCAACUCACUCUGGUUUUACCCAUAUUACUCUUAAUUCCAGUCAACGUCGUACAAUCCUUUUAAACAGGAUCCGAGCUCAGAGCUGUGGCUGACACUGGUUGUGUCGGCUCUGCGAUGUUUUUCCACCACUGAAAGAUGUGACUCUUUUGUAAUUUAUAUAAAAAUAAAGAUGUAAUAAAUAAA